UUCAGUAGCAGGCAGACAGAGGCAGAUAGCAGCAGAUAGACUGAUUAUUAAAAACUUAGAAUAACAAAAGGAGGUCUGGAGGAAGAGAAGGAGGACUGGGAGAAUUCUGCAGGACCUGUGGAGCAGAGGACCAGAGAGGGUUUCGGAGGAGGUUUUGAAAAGGUCUGGAGGCAGGAGGAGGUCCCGGCUUUCACAGAGGAGGCAGGACUUUCUGGCUGUGUGGUGCGCUCCGACACCAGAGGUCCGCUUUAAUAGCAGAGAAGGAGGAGAGGCCGGUCGACUCUUUACACCGCUCAGAGAGAGAGAGAGAGAGAGAGAGAGAGAGAGAGAGAGACUGCAGUCCCGGACCGUCGAGCAUCGAGCAUCCAUACGCCAAACGGAGCGCACGCUGAGACGAGUCUACUGAAAUAACGUCCCCUAUGCUGACUUAUCGGAAGGCAAUGAUAAGCGGUUUGAAACUCUCCGUUUGGUAUAAAUCAGCUGUGUGGUGUUGUUUUUUAAAUGACCCCGGACACUUAGGUUUGGACUUUUCUGACUGAGAAGUGGAGAGAAAUAAUUUUCCAAAUCUCAAAACCUCCUCUCUGGGUCCCCAUUCCUGCCGGAGUUUGGACUGCUUUUUUAUCUUUACAUGUUUUCAUCCAUGGUCUCCUGUUUUCUGCGCACGCCACGCGCAGCCCCGCUGUCUCCUGCCCGUCGGCGCGUCUUUGUCAUUGUAAUGUCGCUGUGAUCUCCGCGCGCCUGGCUGAGUGGCACUAUGCAUGUCAACGCAAUCUGACAAACUGACGAGGUUUUCUUCUUUUCUCUCAUCUCCUGGCUGGAAUAAAGACGAGACGUCUGUGGGAGGAACGUGGAUUUUGUUUCACUUGUUUCCCUUUGGAUUGCUUUUUUUAAUUUAAUUCCUUCGUUUUCACCAAACUCUGACCGUGUCUCGUGAAGAGAAGAAGCCCGAGGAUGUUGCUCCGCUGCUUGAACCCUCCCUCCUGGUCCACCUGUAGGUUUUUAUUCUGCUUUUUGUUGCUGCUCCAAACGCCCCAGCCCUCCUUUCUGCUAAUUACAGGUACCGAGGCCAGCUGUGAGAACGAAGGAGAAGUCCUCCACAUCCCCAACAUCACCGACAACCCCUGCAUCACCUGCGUAUGUCUGGAGGGGAAGGCAGACUGUAAACAGGAGAAAUGUCCACUGGUCUCUGAGGACUGUGCUCUGGUGGUGAAGCAGACCGGAGCCUGCUGCGAGAGGUGUAAAGGUUGCAUGUUGGAUGGCCAAUCUUAUAACAGCUCAGUAUCCUGGACCAGCUCCACCAAACCCUGCAUAACCAGACGCUGUCAGGAAGGUGUCGUCACAGAGGCGGAUGUACAGUGUGUGGUCCACUGCAGGAACCCCAAGAUCCACCCCAAGAAGUGCUGCCCCACCUGCCCCAGUUGUAUCUUUGAGGGUCGCCUGUACAAAGAGAAGGAGGAGUUCAGUCCUGAGGGCAAACCCUGCAUCAAGUGCACCUGUACUGGAGGGCGGACUCUCUGCAUGAGGGAGGUGUGUCCUGUCCUUUCCUGCCCCGCCCACCUCAGCCACACCCCGUCUGGACAGUGUUGUCCCAGAUGUCUCGGUCAGAGGAAAGUGUUCGAUCUGUAUUCAGGAAGCUGUUUGUUCCACAGCGAAGUUUACGAGAACGGCACGUGCUUCAUACACGACAGCUGCACCACCUGCACCUGCAAGGAUUCCACGGUGGUGUGCAAGAAGCGGUGCUCUCGGCCUGGUAGUUGCCACGGCGACCAGUGCUGCGAGGAGUGUCUGUCCUACGUGAAGGUGGAGGAGGUGAAGUACUGCAGAGUCCGGAACAAGAUCUACAGGGAAGGAGACAUGUGGUCCGCAGUGAACUGCACUCUCUGUGCCUGUGUUAAAGGAAGCAUCGAGUGUCGGCCCAAACAGUGUGUACCAAUCACCAGCUGCCCCUCGAACAAGAUCUUGAACAGGACUGGCUGCUGUCCAGUCUGCACUGAAAAGCCGGGUGUUUGCACAGUGUUUGGCGACCCUCACUACAACACCUUCGACGGCAGGACCUUUAACUUUCAGGGAACCUGUCAGUACGUACUGACACGCGACUGUGGCAGCGUUCCCUCUGGAGGACUGGGGAACAACAUCAACAGCCCGGGCUCCAGCUUCAUGGUGUUGGUGAGGAACGAUGCCCGGCGGACUCGCUCCUUCUCCUGGACUCAGUCUGUUGAGGUGAGACUGGGAGGCUUGAUCCUCGGCCUCCACCAGCACCUGACGGUCCGGAGGAACGGCACCCGCAUCGCCCUGCCCUACCACGGACCCGGGGUGCACAUCGACUUGGACGGAUACCUGCUCAAACUCACCACCAUCGCAGGUCUGGAAAUCACGUGGGACGGGGACAGCUUUGUGGAGGUUGUGGCUGCCCCCCACCUGCGCGGACGCCUCUGCGGCCUCUGCGGCAACUACAACGGCCACAAGCGUGAUGACACCAUGGGAGGCGACGGCCAGUUCAAGUUCGACGUGGACGAGUUUGCCGAAUCGUGGCGAGUGGAGGGAAACGAGCUAUGCUCACAGCAGCACCCGCCUCGCCGGCCGACCUCCUUCCUGUGCCCCGGCAGCGUCAAAGUCAAGUUCCGCGCCCACCGGGAGUGCCAGAAGAUAAAGUCGUGGGAGUUUCAGAAGUGCCACCGUGUGGUGGACUUCGCCCCUUUCUACAGGUCGUGUGUGACGGACAUGUGUGAGUGUCCGGUCCAUAAAAACUGCUACUGUGAGUCCUUCAUCGCCUACAGCCGAGCCUGUGAGAGGGAGGGCGUGCCCGUCCUCUGGAAGGCCGACACCGCCUGCAUGGGUGAGUGA